AUGUCACGGCUUAUUAUCCAAGCAUUAACCCUUGAUGCCAGCAGGUCUGGAUACACAUUCCUGUGCAUGUACAAUAUACCAGCAGCUGUCGUCUUAUCAAGCAACAAAGAUGGUGAUCCCGUGCGACACCACGUGAACGAAAGCUGGAGCACGCUUGUGCCUUACCCUCGCGUUAGCUGCUGGACCUUCUGUCGGCCGGAGCAGUGUCCGCUUGAAGAGGGUGUCUUUGUACUUGGCAUCAAUCGACAAGUCAUCAUGUGGCUAGCGGUAGGGCCUUUCACAUAUCCUGAUCAUAACAUCCAGAUCUCGUUUAGUCUACGAGUGUCUACAUCUUCAAGGGUCACAGUGUCGAUCGGCGAGCCAGCUCACUAUAGCACCAGACGAUACGGUAUCAAGUCAGACAUUGGAUAUGCCAUCCCAAGGCCAGCCGAGCUGUCUGGGAUCAGGGUCGUCUGCCGAGUGAAAAUCCCGACUGGCGGUCUACUUGACGUUACCUUACAAUCUCCAUACAGGUGGAGGAACCCACGUUUACCUUCGGUAAUUGACGAAGCAUCAUGCUUUGUCUUUCAGAAUCGGAGCAUUUUCCACAAGUCUAAAUGAGCUCUUGUAAUUUAGAAUACUAGGCAUACGGCCAUGUUUGAGUAAUCGGCAGAUCACCCAACCAGGACAGUCUCAAGUACACACUCCACAUGUCCAACGGCUGUCAAGGACGAAUUUGGGUUACUGCAGCGGAGCCUAUCUUUGAUGCCGAAGAUUCUCGAUGGUAGACACGAAUCGAGAAACCUGAUGU